AUGACUUUUUGGUGCAACUCCUGCAAAUGUCAUGUGAGCGCUCCGUGCACUUCUCAUCAUCUGGCCGAGGAUCAGCAGCGCUCCUUUUGCAGAAGGUUCAGAUCCACCAAAGGAGCAUCCAAAGCCCGACGGGACCACAUCAACCAUGAGAUUAGGAAUAUGCGAGCAUUACUGCCCAUCACCCAGGAGGACCAAGAGCGUCUCUCCUACCUGCACUCCAUGGCUGCCAUCUGCACCUACAUCAGGAAGUCUGUUUUCUUUCAGGAGCUCCUGAGUGAAGAGAGAUCCCACUGCUCUCUGCCAUAUGAGGUGUUUGUUCAAGCCCUGCACGGUUUCAUCCUGGUCACUACAGCCCAGGGGAAGCUGGUCUAUGUGUCCGAAAACGUAGACGAAUAUCUCGGCCUUUCUAUGGUAGAUGUGCUUCAAGGAGACACUUUUUAUGAUAUGGUGGAACGCUCUGACAUUGAUAUUUUAAAGUCAAACUUGGACAUUGAAAACAACUCAUCACCAGAAAGGAGCUUUGUAUGUUGUAUCCAAACCUCCAAGGCCUUCAAGCUGCAGUACGGCAACUGCAGCUCCAUUCUGGUCAGAGGGAGCUUCCAGUCCUUCCCUCAGCCUGGUUCAUCCUCUUCUGUCAGUCUCACCAAAGAGCCCCUGUUUGUGGCCUUCUGUACCCCCACAGUGAACCGCCUGCAAUGCAAUGACUCCGUCUUCUGUCACAGCUUCAACAGCGUUCACAGACUGGACAUGACUUUCACUCAGCUGUCAGACAGAGUUUUAUAUUUUUUGGGCUACUCAACAGAAGAAAUGACCGGUCGAUCUUGGUACAGUCUCAUUCACCCUGAAGAUCUGUCUUUGAGUGCAGACUCUCACAGAAGUUUAAUGAAGGCAGAUGAGGACUUCCAGGUAGAGAUGGUGCUGAGACUCCAGUGCAAGAAUCUGUCAUGGACCUGGAUCUACAUUCGCGCUAACAAAGACUCUGAUUGUCAGGGCAUCAGCUGCACUAACUACAUCAUCAGUGAAACUGAGGCCAGAUAUCUGCAGAAGAAAAUCAGCAGUGAUGCCUUCAGGCCAUCAUCUCACUGUGCAGCCCAACAGGCGACCCAGACUCAGAGCUACAGCAACACUAAAUGCUUUAAAAGGCAGAGGACGUCCGACAGCCAAAGUGAGGAGCCAAGUGGUACCAGAGCUAGGAAGGAGUCUGAGCAAGACAUAUACUAUGUGGCGUUUGCUUCCUCCCAAGGUGAUAGCUCACCUGUUUCUUUGGGUGACAGCCCUGCUCUCUUCACCCCUCCCUACAGCCCUGCCUCCUCUAGCUCCUCUCUGCAGCGGGAGGAUCUCAGCCAUGACCUCCUGAUGGAUGUGCAUGGAUACACAGGUCAGCUGCUGUCUUCCCCUGAGAGUUCUCCCUCCUAUUACUCCUACCCAGAGACUGGGCUCACCUGUCACCAAUCACCCUCUGACUCCCUCCCUGCGGUCGAAGAACAAACUUUUGACCAUAGAGCCACCGGAGUGCUCAGUGCCCACUCUCCAGCCCCCUCUUCAUCGCCAAUCUAUGAUUUCCAAGCUUGUACAUCCAAUGCUCGAUUAGUUCCAGACUGCCUGUCUGCGUCCGACAUGUGUGAGAGCCCAGUGGACUGUGCUCUACAUCAAGACGACCAUAGCCAACAGGAGCAGCCACAAGGGGGCAUCCUUCACCAAGUGCACCAUGUUCCUCAGCAUGUGUUGCCCAUAAAUUCCAGUCUUCUUACCCCCAACCAAUCCCCCACAUCCACAGAGUCUAACCAGUACAGCGAGAGAGAGCAGGCAGAGAUCAGUAUUUUGGCUCAGCAGAUCUCAUCCCUGGCAAGCAGCUUUGACAUGUAUCGCACCCUGAGCCCAGUUCAAAAUGUGACCCAGCCCGCAGCCACUAACAGCCUGCCCUCAACAUGUGACUGGUCCCAUCAACCUCCUCUCCCUUCCAUCCUUCCUCUGAAGCGUGAGCUGGUCUUCGAUGAUAGUGUGUUUGACAGCAUCCUGAAGGACCUGGAUAUGGUCACAAUGAAGAGCAGCGUUCCCGGCUCUGGUUUUGUUUCCCACAGCUACCAGCAGGGCUUGGUGUCUGCAGAGCAAUUCACUGCAGGCGGUAUCGCCAUGGAUCCUUUCAGUUUGCAGAUAGGACAUCAUGACCAAAACACUGGGUUGUAUCAACUCAACCGCUAUAUGCAGAGUAGCCUUCAGCAAGAUGGCCUUACUGAAGAAAACCUGUAUUGA